AUGAACUCUUUCUCUGCAAAUGAGGACACCCGCAAGGGUGUCAGCAGCAAGGACAGCAAUCCUUCCGAAAAGCGACCUACUUCCCAAGGUCUUAACCCCACUGCACCCGCUUUUACGCCCAAGACACUCAUCAGUCAGAGCUCCGACAAGGACAAGACUCCAUCUGGACUUGGGGUGUCUCAGGAGGAGACGGAACUCGAAGAAGAGUUUCCGGGCUUAACUGAAACCCGUCCAAUUCCCGUAUGGGUUUCUCAAGAGAGUGGCCAAGAGCUGUCGAACUCGCAGCUGCGGCGACGACGCCGCUGGCGCAAGUCCGCUCGAGAGGCAGAAGAACGCAAAGCCCUGAAGGAGCAGCAAGAUCUCAAGGCCGAGUAUGCUAAGCUCAAUGAGGAGGAGGCUGGGCCGUCUGACUGGGUCAACCGGCGCCAGAACUACAAAAAGAAGCGCGGGGGCUUCUUAAACAACGUCAAGCCCCGUGAUGGCGAAUCCAAGUGA